AUGAGGAGGGGUGGGAUGAGGAGAAGGGUAGUGGAGGGGGAGGAGGUGGAGGAGGAGGAGGAGGAGGAGGAGGAGGAGGAGGAGGAGGAGGAGGAGGAGGAGGAGGAGGAGGAGGAGGAGGAGGAGGAGGAGGAGGAGGAGGAGGAGGAGGAGGAGGAGGAGGAGGAGGAGGAGGAGGAGGAGGAGACAAGUUGGCACAAGUUCUGGGCAAGGCUUUGGAUACUGCUGCUGGUGGUGCUGCUACUGCUGGUGCCACCGGUGCAGGCUCGGGCAAAAAACGGGAGUGGCAGCAAUGGGGGCGAUGCAGGUGGUUCGGGUGCUGCCGGUGCUGGGGGAGGGGGAGGAGGGGCAAGGAAGAAAGCAGGAGGAAAGCUUGUAGUGAGCAAGGGGAAGGGGCUUGUGAAACAGUAG